UUUGUUUGCUCUCCAAUGCACACAAGAAAGCGAAAUAGCUUCAUAUUUCUUUCAAAAAUUUUAAAUGAAAACGUGUUUAUACAAAAGUUUAUUACUUAAUUACCGUUCAGUAAAUAUACAUAGUAUGUAAAAUCUAUGUGGAUUAUGUGAUAAUAUUUUAUUUAAGAAGACAAAACAAUGAAGGAGGUACAUUGUUAAAAUUAUUAGAUAAGUAAAGAUAUCCGUAACAGUAUUAUUACUUAUGUUAAACCAUGGAAGGAUUCAUUGAUAUGGUGCGACAACAGCCCUGUUUGUGGGACACCGGCUGCCGAGACUAUCGAGACAUGAGAAAGAAAGAGUUAGCGUGGAAAAGAAUUGUGGCCCAAUUAAAAUGUGCAGAUAUACCUGAUGUGAAAACAGCAAAAGCAGAAUGGAAGAAACUGAGAGACAGUCACAGAGAUUCUUUAAAAAGAGCACGGGCCAACGGACAAGACAUAGUAAUAAACAACAAAUGGAAAUAUGCAGACAUAAUGGAGUUUCUUUUACCAUACAUGAAAUCAAGGAAAAGAAGAAGAUUUACAACAUCCAGUGACGAGAACAAGGAGUCUUCACCGUCACCUUCAGACUCAUUGCUAGAAGCUCGGCCAUCCACAUCAAACACAGACACCUUGAAUUUUAAUACAGAAUCCCACACUAACAAGUUGGAUACGUCCCUGGAAAAUGAACAUAUGUUUAGAAAGAGGAAAGUAGAAAAUGAUAUAGGAGAAAUAAUGAUUGAUAUGGACAGAAACAAUAGUAGUUACACUUCUAGCAAACAUCCGCUGGACUCCUUCUUUGAGAGCAUGUGUGAGACUACCAAACAGUUCCCCACUUGGCUACAAUACACAGUUAAAAGAAAAAUAUUUAAUGUAAUAUCUGAAGCUGAAGACACAUUUGAAACUUACAAAUCAAGAGACACAAUAUUUUAAUAAUAUUUUUUUUCUAAAUCCAUAACAACAAUUAUUUAUCUAUCUAGGAAUCGCGAAUUGAUCUAUGACACCACAACAGUCAGUUGUCUGGCUACUGCAUCUACCAUGCAGUCAGUAUUUUGGUCACCAAUUUUAAAAUAUACAUUAAAUUCCAACUUAAUAUACAUUUCGUUUUUACUGAUAUCAAAGAGCAUGCAUGAAAAGACUGAUGACUGUUGAUGAAGCGAAAGAAGUAUGUAAGAUUCAUAGCGAUUGGCAUUCCAUUGUCUCUGCCUACCUAUGGGAGACAGGUGUGAGGUUCUGUAUGUAUGAUAAAUCGUAUUCUUAAAUAGGAUAAUUUAUAUUUCUAAUAUUUAUAUUAGUUUAAUUGCAUAUUGUAUAGUAAAAUAAACCUCCAUUUAAAAAAGAA